UUCGUUAACAUAUUUUAACGGAUUUCAAAAAUUGCUUAUGUUCAGAUUUUGAAAUUCGCUAUAUUUUUUAAAUGGAUUUCAAAAUUUCUCACCUGGAUAUUGAAAUCUAUUAAAGGUGUUGAUGGAUUUUUAAAUCUGUUUAAGAUUUAUUAAGAAGCAUUUUUGGUAGUUUGGAGGUGCAUGGAGGUGGAGGAAAAAAUCUUGGAAGUAUAGGGAAAAAACACCCUUAAAACGAUAUAAAAUAUUAUACAUUAGUUCGGUUAAAAUGUAGGGUGCAGAAAGUAAAAGCCUUAUAGUUUUAUAGUAGUCAAAUUUGAAAGGCGUAUCCGAUUAGGAAACUGCUCAAUGGAAAUAAAAAGCAGUCUAAAUGGCUAAUACAAUUAUAUUUUUAAACAAAUGCCAUAAUGCAUUUUAAGAAAAUGUGAGGGUAAAAAUGAUAAAAAAAAAGUGAAUAAUUAAAAAAAUUGUUUAUAUGUAUUUGGUGAGUUUGUAAAAGAAUCUAUUUGGGGAAUGAAAAGAAGAGGGGAAUUGAAUUAGGUUCCUAAAAGGAAGGGUUGGUUGAAUGGUAAGAAUUGAAAGAAGUGCAAAAUGGACGGUCAUCUCAUAAGCCACUCCGCAUCACCGCAUGCAUGUCAUCUUUUAAAACAACAUUCAUUCCACACAAAAACCAGACACAAAGGAACCAAACACAGAACCACCCAAAACACAAUUAAUUAAUAAUGUCGUGGCAAACCUACGUAGAUGAACACUUGAUGUGUGACAUCGAUGGCACCGGACACCAUCUCACCGCCGCUGCCAUCAUCGGCCAUGAUGGCUCCGUUUGGGCUCAAAGUUCUGCAUUCCCUCAGAUUAAAUCUGAUGAGAUCAAUGGCAUCAUGAAAGAUUUUGAUGAACCUGGCUAUCUUGCUCCCACUGGCCUCCACCUUUCCGGCACCAAAUACAUGGUAAUCCAGGGAGAGCCAGGUGCCGUCAUCCGUGGAAAAAAGGGAUCUGGAGGAAUAACCAUAAAGAAAACUGGGCAAGCUUUAGUUUUUGGUAUGUACGAUGAACCUGUUACUCCUGGACAGUGCAACAUGGUUGUUGAGAGGUUGGGAGAUUACCUUGUCGACCAGGGUCUGUAGAGAUCGACAUUUUUCCAAAUUUAUUAACUUUUUUUCUUUGAGUAUACUGUAAGUUGUUAUUUACGAUUAUGAUCUGCAUUGUUUCAACCCCAUGCUGCUGCAUGUUGGGAGUUGUUGCAGACAAUAAGCAUAUCAGAGUGAAGCACUUCUUCCUUGUUUAAAUUUUAAAUUUCAUUACCUUUUUUUUUUAUGUUAUAUAUAUAC